GGAAUGCUGCCUGUGCUUCCGGGGACCUCGAGCCGGGCUCUGGAGUCUUCCGGUAGGCGGCGCGGGAGGAAAGAGAGGCUUGAGGGGCUGGGCCAGCCCGGGCGGAUCCCCUCCUCUCUCAAUGUGAGCAGUGUCCCGAGCCCCUGUCUGGUGAAGGCUGCCCUGAGAGGUGGAGCUGGUGGCCGGGCCGGGACCAUGAGGCAGUGUCUCCUCUUCCUGACCAGCUUGGUUCCUUUCGUGCUGGCGCUGCGACCUCCGGACGAGCCAGGCUUCGGCUCCCCCCAGCGACUCGAGAAGCUUGAUUCUUUGCUCUCAGACUACGAUAUCCUCUCUUUAUCUAAUAUCCAGCAGCACUCGGUAAGAAAAAGGGAUCUACAGGCCUCAACACAUUUAGAAACACUGCUGACGUUUUCAGCCUUGAAAAGGCAUUUUAAAUUAUACCUGACAUCAAGUACUGAACGCUUUUCCCAGAAUUUCAAAGUCGUGGUGGUAGAUGGUAAAGAUGAAAGCGAGUACACCGUCAAGUGGCAGGACUUCUUCAGCGGACACGUGGUUGGUGAGCCUGACUCUAGGGUCCUAGCCCACAUAGGAGAUGAUGAUAUUACAAUAAGAAUCAACACAGAUGGGGCAGAGUAUAAUAUAGAGAUAGAGCUAAUUGACAGAGUUGAUGACAUCUAUCGGAACACUUCAUGGGACAAUGCAGGUUUUAAAGGUUAUGGAAUACAGAUAGAGCAGAUUCGCAUUCUCAAGUCUCCACAAGAGGUAAAACCUGGUGAAAGGCACUACAAUAUGGCAAAAAGUUAUCCAAAUGAAGAAAAGGAUGCUUGGGAUGUGAAGAUGUUGCUAGAGCAAUUUAGCUUUGAUAUAGCUGAAGAAGCUUCUAAAGUCUGCCUAGCACAUCUUUUCACCUAUCAAGAUUUCGAUAUGGGAACUCUUGGAUUAGCUUAUGUUGGUUCUCCCAGAGCAAACAGUCAUGGAGGUGUUUGUCCAAAGGCUUAUUAUAGUCCAAUUGGAAAGAAAAAUAUUUAUUUGAAUAGUGGUUUGACCAGCACAAAAAAUUAUGGUAAAACCAUCCUUACAAAGGAAGCCGACUUGGUGACAACUCAUGAAUUGGGGCACAAUUUUGGAGCAGAACAUGAUCCAGACGGUCUACCAGAAUGCGCCCCAAAUGAAGACCAGGGAGGGAAAUACGUCAUGUAUCCCAUAGCUGUGAGUGGAGAUCAUGAGAACAAUAAGAUGUUUUCAAACUGCAGUAAGCAGUCCAUCUAUAAGACCAUUGAAAGUAAGGCCCAGGAGUGUUUUCAAGAACGCAGCAACAAGGUGUGUGGGAACUCCCGAGUAGACGAAGGAGAGGAGUGCGACCCUGGCAUCAUGUACCUGAACAACGACACCUGUUGCAACAGCGACUGCACGUUGAAGCCGGGCGUGCAGUGCAGUGACAGGAACAGUCCUUGCUGUAAAAACUGUCAGUUCGAGACUGCCCAGAAGAAGUGCCAGGAGGCCAUUAACGCCACCUGCAAAGGCGUGUCGUACUGCACAGGGAACAGCAGUGAAUGCCCCCCGCCCGGAAAUGCUGCAGAUGACACCGUGUGCUUGGAUCUUGGCAAGUGUAAAGACGGGAAGUGUGUUCCCUUCUGUGAGAGGGAGCAGCAGCUGGAGUCCUGUGCGUGUAACGAAACUGACAACUCGUGCAAGGUGUGCUGCAGGGACCCCUCAGGCCGCUGUGUGCCCUACGUUGACGCUGAACAAAAGAACCUGUUUUUGAGGAAAGGAAAGCCUUGUACAGUAGGAUUUUGUGACAUGAAUGGCAAAUGUGAGAAACGAGUACAGGACGUCAUUGAGCGAUUUUGGGACUUCAUUGACCAACUGAGCAUCAAUACUUUUGGGAAGUUUUUAGCAGACAACAUCGUAGGUUCCGUCCUGGUUUUCUCCUUGAUAUUUUGGAUUCCUUUCAGCAUUCUUGUCCAUUGUGUGGAUAAGAAACUGGAUAAGCAGUAUGAGUCUCUGUCUCUGUUUCACCCCAGUAAUGUCGAAAUGCUCAGCAGCAUGGAUUCAGCAUCGGUUCGCAUCAUCAAGCCCUUUCCCGCCCCCCAGACCCCAGGCCGCCUGCAGCCCCUGCAGCCCGCCCCCGUGAUCCCUUCGGUGCCUGUGGCUCCGAAACUGGACCACCAGCGGAUGGACACCAUCCAGGAGGACCCCAGCACAGACUCGCAUGUGGAUGAGGACGGCUUUGAGAAGGACCCCUUCCCAAAUAGCAGCACAGCUGCCAAGUCGUUUGAGGAUCUCACGGACCGUCCUGUGACGAGAAGUGAAAAGGCCUCGUCCUUUAAGCUGCAGCGUCAGAGUCGUGUUGACAGCAAAGAAACAGAGUGCUAGGUGAGGGAGCUGUCCUAAGCUCUCUGACUCAAGUGUGCAAAGUAUUUCUAUAGAUCUGACCUAAAAUCACUGCAUAUAUUUUGUGAAGACUGGGGAGAAAUAAGGAAGUGACCUCAGCAGCUGCUGCUCGUGUGUUCGGACUUCCUUCUCGUAUGGAACACUUGUGUGGGUCGGCCCUUUUCCUUUUGGAGAGCUGAGGUGGAAUCUAGCUUAUUUUGAGGCUUUCAGGUUUUAGUUUUUUUGAUCUUUAAAACAUCCUUCAACCUGUGGUGCAAAAGCAUAAAAUACAGCUGGAUUAGGUUAUGAAUAUUUAUGUUUUUGUAAAUUAACCUUUUAUAUUGAUAAUAGCACUGAUUAGGGAGAUGAUCAAUUUUUUCUUUUUUAUACACUGUAAUGACCGGCUGAAUAUAAUGAGGCAUUUAGCAGUUACUUGUGAGGACAACUGGAACACAGAAUGGAUUUAUUUAUUUUUUGCCUUCAAGUAAAGACAAAGGAGAUAAAAUAGAGUUGUAUGUUAUCUCCAAAAGGUGUGUUCUGUUUCUAGGUUAUUUCUCGGAGCUUUUAGCACCAGGGAGAUUCACACAUCUAAAUUUAGGAAUAAUUUGGAGUAAUCAGUUUCUUCUUAAUUCUAAAAUUCAUACUUUCCAGAAUUAAAACAUUCUAACUUAUAGUGAGGGUUACAAAUAGUAGCCAAAUUGAAUUUACAGAAUCCUGCCAACUGCUUAAGGCCCUGAUUUGCUGGGCAGUUUCCUGUGUUUUGUAUGUAUCUUCAUCUAUCUCUAAUACUGUAGCCAUGCUCUUAAAUUCACCAUUCACAAAACCUAAACCGCUUCAAACCAAGAGUGUACGGUCGCCUCUUUUGAAACACUAGUGGCCAAGAGGGUACGUUGAUCGUUUAUCUCACCAGAAGAACGGGUGGUUUUCAAUGGGCCGGGGUCUGCCGUGCUGGCCGGGGGGGUGUUGGGGAGAGUGCUGCCUCCCUUGGGCCUGGGGCUCUGUCCCCGCACAGACUGAUUCUUAAAAACCCUUUCCGUGGCCCCGCAAGUGAACAUCUGCAUUAUUCUUGCUUUCGCGCUUCAGGAUUCUGGACGUCUGCAUUUACUGUGUGAAGGAUCAAAUUCAUCAGCAUGAAUUCCGAUUUCCUGAAAAUUAUAGUUAAAACCUUUUUCCCCCUAAGUAUGAAAUGUGCUCACCAGCCAACACAUUUUAACUGCGAGAACUUGUGAACUUCAAGGGUAAUCAACCAAACCUGUGACAUAGCGUCUUUUUCCUGAGGACGUUUGUUACACAGAUACCUGUUACACUAAUACUUGAACUUGUACCUUGUGGUAUUUGCUGUCUUUUAACUAGUCACAAUAUUCUUAUAUUUUAGUUUCACUUUUGGAAUCUGAUUAAGGUGAGUGGGGUGUGUGGGUGUAUGUGUGAGAGUGAAACAGUUCCCAGCUGGAUGUAAGAAACAUUUUUUUAUAAAAUUGUGACUUUUUUAAAAACAAAA